AUGUCGAGUGGAGCCUUCAAGAAGCGGCCGUUGCCACCCGACAUCGUGUCAAGACUGGCAAAAACGGAGCUGGUGCGCGCCAUUUCCACACCGAGAACUCAGAGUUCACUGAGGAGGGGAAGCAGCAUCUCAAAAGACACCCGGUCGUCUUCGGCCAACAUACCAAGUCAGAAGCUGAAGAGAUCCGCAGGGCCAACCAAGGUCAAAAAGAUGGCUGUUAGGGUUGACCUGGCGAACAAGCCUUUGCCGGUUCAGCUCCGUCUGAGAGCUCAACGGGUGACCCAGAAAACUUUGAAUCGGUAUCUUGCUGAGAUAGAGUUGUUUAGACACUGGUUGAAGGAAUGCAAAAUGUCUUGGAGCUCCAAGAAGUUAGACUCUUACGCAACUAGGUAUAUCACUUUUUUGCAAGAGACUGAAAAACGUGAAGUUCACCAAGCGACUUAUUUUGUUUACGGCCUUCAACUUCUUCACUGUGAUGUUCCUCGGCAGUUUUUCCUCCCCAAUGCCAAGUUAGCCCUGAGCGGGUGGAAACACCAGCAGCCUGGCUCCAUGCGACUCCCGGUGCCAGAAGAGGUGGUUUUUGACAUGGCCAUCUAUUUUCUUUCUUUGGCAGAGAUCGAGAUGGCGAUGGCACUAGUCCUUCAGAUGCAUUGCUAUCUUCGUCCCUCUGAAUGCCUUGGUUUGACAAAAGAGCACGUUUGCUUUCCUGCUCCUGGCAGAUACCGGAAGUGGGGCUUGCUGAUCGCUCCUUCCACUCUGGGGCAGCAGACCAAAACUGGAAAAUCAGACGACAGUGUGUUGAUAGGUGAUGUGAAGGGUACCGCUUGGGUUGCCGAUGUGUUUGCUUUGUUCAUGAAGGGCGUGGAACAUUUUCUUUUUCCUUCACUGACUUUGGCCAGCUAUGAGACAGCCUGCCACAGAGCAUCUCGACAUUUGAAGUACCAAGAGGGCGCCGUCACACCCCAUGUCAUGCGACACACUGGGCCAUCCAACGAUAUUUUCCACAAACGGAGAGACAUUCAGGCAGUGCAGAAGCGCGGGCGUUGGGAGGCAAAAGCUUCAGUGCGCCGCUACGAAAAAGCCAAUGGUUUUGGUGGGAUAGCGGGCAAUGGCGAUGAUGAUGAUGAUUCGCGCAUUCCGAUUUCACCUCAUGCCGAAACGGGAGACGUGGGCGAUUGUUUCUACAACUUUCUCGUACCACAGUUGGCCAGCUGGUUUUCUUUGGGUGAUUGGUUCACCGGGGCAGAGCUCUCUGCCUUGGGAAUGAACCCAGGCACAAUUUUUGAUGACGACUCCCAGCGGGAUUCGCCCUUGGAAGAUUCAGAGUCAGUGGUGGCGUGUUUUUCUGGAAUGGCAAUGGGGUGGAGUUGGAGCCUGUUUUUGGCCAAUGAGUCGGUGGUGCAUCAGUCCUCUUUCCCUCGACAAUGGGAUCAAGAUGAUAUCAUCCGAGACAAAGCCCCUCCUCCUCUUGUCCAGCCAGGGCGUCCAGCUGUUGGCAUCUAUGUCGACAACAUCCAAGUUCUGGCGGGCGGGGCGGGUGAGGCUUCAAGUCGGAUGUUAGGGAUAGCGAACAGGUUCUCACAGUUGGGGAUUCCCUAUGACAUUGACGAUGUGCAUGACAAGGUCGAAGUUGAAAGCCUAGGCAUGAAGUUUGACUUUGCUGGAAGGGUAGCUGCCAUGCCCAAACCUCGUCGGACGUGGAGACUCUGGCUGGCGACCCGUUGUCUUUUGAAGAGACGCCGCGUCCAUGGCAAAGUUCUACAGGUUUGGUUGGGCCAUGUCACACAUCAUUUUGCUUUGACUAGGUGUUGUAUGUCUAGCUUGUCGGCAUGUUACAGGUUUGCGGAGGAGCACAAAGGUCACAGAGCUGUUGUUUGGCCGUCUGUCAAGAAGGAGCUGAGACAUUGCUUGGGUCUUUUCUUUUUGGUCGAAAUGGACCUCAGCGCGCCCACAUCACCUGAGGUGCAUGUCGGUGACUCAGCUGACUUGGGAUACUCUUUGAUGACCACUCAAGCCAGCCAUGAAGAGAUCAGGGCGGAACUCCGCUUCAAAGAAAGAUGGCGUUUUAUCACCAGUUCUGAACCUGUGCGUAGCUGUCCGCUUCCUCCACCCCAGGGUGAAUGUCAAAGUUCGGCCUUCGUCACUGACCCCUUGCAGGAGUUCCACUACAUGGGAUCCCGCCGCAAUGCAGGACUUGGCCGAAGCACUCAAUUUGGCAGGUGGUUGGGUGAGCAAGUUAAGGAUCCUCAAUGGGAACAAUGGUUGCGAGAAAGGCAUGCCCGUUUUGAAGCAGCUCAUAGACCACGCAUUUCCUUGAUACAUGGUCCGGGGGUUCCGCCGGUCGCGUCCACAUGGGACACGGCUGACAGAUGGCGCCUCUUGGUCGCCAGACCUUGGGAUCAUCCCUCAGAGCAUAUAAACGCAAAAGAGCUGAGGGUUUGCGUGAUGGGCUUGCGCCGCCUUUGUAGGAGCUCAAGCAACUGCGGAACGGUCGCCUUGUCACUCAGUGACAACCUUGUCAGCUGCCUGGCAGUGGAUAAGGGCAGAAGCUCGUCAGGAGCUCUCAACGGCAUCCUUCGUCGAGCUGCUGCCUACCAGAUGGCUUGUCGGGUGCGCUGGCAGGUUCGUCACAUACCGACCGACCGAAACAUUGCUGACGGUCCGUCGAGAUGGUUUCAGACCAAAUCGAAGCUGAAGCAUGAGGAGAGGAGCCGGCCGCCUCUGGAUGGCCAUGUGCUGGUGCCCGAUUUUGAGGCAGGGAGAUGUCCGUCUUUCUCUUCUACAGUUUCAGCAGAGAGAUCUGAGCCCUCACGACGUGGCUUUAUCCUUGAAUUUUUCUCGGGCACUGCCAGACUCACUAGAGCUUUUGAGGAGAAGGGCCUCGCCACGCUGCCAGACAUCGAAGUGGCCAAAGGACACCACUUCAAUUUGCUGAGGAGAAAAAUGCAGAAGUUCCUUUUGCAGUUCCUUUUGGAGGGAAAAGUGCUUUAUGCUCAUUUCGGCACACCAUGUACUACUUUUUCUAGAGCUCGGCAUAACAUCAAGAAUGUCAUGAAAGCUAGGCAGAAGGAAGCUGAUGCAGUAUCUUUGGCAAUUUUUACAGCAAGAGCGAUUAGGAUCCUCAUUAGAUGUGGUGGGUACUUCACCCUCGAGAACCCGUUGACCAGCACGCUCUGGGAGUUUCAGCCAAUUCGAGACCUGUUCAGAUCCAAGGAUGUCUUUUUCAUCUCUUGGCACAUGUGUCAGUAUGGGGCUUCUUGCAAGAAGCCAACUGGACUCCUGGGCAACAUUCCCGGCCUUUCAGGCCUGGCGAAGAGCUGCGGGGGGUGGUCACCGCCACCAACACCUGCGAGGCUCGGAAAGGGUAUGGGAUGA